AUGCGCCACCUAAUGCCUUCAUAUAGACUCCCGUGUAACCUAAUGCAAGCCAUCCACAUUGAAAAGACGCAAGGAAAUCACAGCAAAAUUCAUAAGUCUAUUACUAAAAAAACUGUAGCAUUCCAGAUUGCCGAAUUAUUCAUCUGUAACGAGCGAUGCAUACAAGCAGGAAUUGGUUAUAUUCCAAGUCUCAUUAUGCUUUUAUCCUUUUCAAUUGCAUUCAUCAAAAACUGUCUAAUGUAA